AUGCUUACGCAAGAUAAUGGCUAUCACAGAGUGUGUCGCGAGUCCGGCCCCGGUACCUAUUACAGGCUUCCACCACCAGGGGUUCUCAGAUUCCUCCGCAGGAUCACAGUCGUGAUUGGACCCUUGCAAAGUCACUGGGAUCGACUACACCUCUUGACCUACCUGAAAGAACGAUGUAAAAAUCUUCAGCAGUUGACAGUGCUUCUUCAAUGGGACUUGUCAUUGAUGGUUGGAGAGGUCGAUUCCGUCAGCGUGAAUGACGACCUUCACACAUGGCUCACCGGAUUUGGUAUCCAUGAUUGGAAAACUUGGUCGUUUAGCUUUCACGUGCAAUUCGAUUUCCUUGGGCAUCCCUGCUACCAUGACGAAGACGACUGGGUCAUUGAUGGUUUUGACGUGGUUCCAGCUGAUCCUGCAAUUGAGGAGUACCUUGACGAUGCCAUACGAAACAAAGUCCGAUGCAACUCCGCAGCCGGCUGUCUCUCAAUCAAAGCUUGA